GUUCUAUUCUUUUACAAGCAGACAUACCGCAAACAAAUAAUCCUGUUACUUUAUUUCAAGGAUUCGCAGCUACUUAUCCUUCAUUAGCCAAAUCUUCGAGAUCGCAUAAGAAAACAAGGCAAAAGAGGAGGAAGCAGUCAACUACAGAAAAUGGGGAUGCACAAUCAAAAGGUAUUUUAUUUUAUUUUUUUCUCUUUUAUAUAUACAUGUAUAUAAUGUACAAGUAUAUACAUAUAUAUAUAUAUAUAUGCAUAUACAUAUAUAUAUAUAUAUAGCGACUCAUAACUAGUUAGAAGUACCAAAGACCUUGACUCAAAUCAUGUCAGAAAGAGAAAGAAAAGUACGAGAAUGUGACAAGAUUAGUAUGCAAAAGUCUUCUACAGUUAAUGAAAUCGAACAGAUUAAUCUUCAGAUUAAUGAAUUAUUGGACCAAAGGAAAAUAUUAGAACAAAAAUGGCAAAAGUUGGAAGAAAAAGAUUUUGAAUUACAAUUAAUAAUUGAAGAUUUGAAUGAGACCAUUUUGGAUAUAGAAGAAGGUCGUAGUGACAGUCUAAGUACUGUUCAACAAUUAAGAAGAGAAGAUGAAGACGAUGAAUCUGAAGAGGACGAAGGUGAGAUAGGAGCUUGUUUCAAGAUAUUAGAGGGUCAUACAGAUGAUAUUGUUUGCUUGGACUUUAAUCAUCUAAAGGGUAUGCUUGUGUCUUCUGCUUUGGAUGGCACGGUGAAAGCAUGGGAUCUCUAUCGCAAACGAUGUUUAGGUAAUAUAGAAGGACAUUCAGGUAUUGUGCGGUGUCUUCAUUUAAAUGAAGCACGUCUCUUGACUGGUUCUGAUGAUAGUACAAUUAAACAAUGGGAUUUGUCCUUGAUACCAUCUCCAAUCAUGCCCUCUUCUUCUGCUUCUAGUGUAUCCAGUGUAUCAGCUAUUGAUGGGGGUAUCGUGAACGAGACAUUUACGUUACAAGGACAUCAAAGUGAAGUGACGGUCUUGGAUGCCGAUCAACACACAUUAGUAUCAGGUUCAAAUGAUAAAACCAUUCGACAAUGGGAUUUGGAAACACAACAAUGUGUUUUGACACUGGAUGUUUUGUGGGCAAGUAAUAAUAAGGGCACCUUGGGAGAUACAAGAAUGGCACAUUAUGCAUAUGCAGCAUAUGAUUUUGUGGGCGCAUUACAGUUUUGGGAUUUUGCUUUAGCAAGUGGUACUUCAGAUGGAAAAAUUAGAAUGUGGGAUUUAAGAACAGGACAAGCGCAUCGUACUUUACCCGGACAUAGUGCACCUAUUACAUGUUUACAAUUUGAUGAAAUUCAUCUUGUCAGCGGUAGUUUAGAUAAAACAGUUCGAAUUUGGGAUUUAAGGACAGGUUCUGUGUUUGAUACACUCACUUAUAAUACACCUAUUCUGAGUCUACAAUUUGAUACGAAUAAAAUUAUCAGCUCUGGUACAUCCAAUGCUAUUGACGUUUAUAAUCGUACUUCAUUUCAACAUACAACGCUUACUAAUGAUUCAAGUUAUGUUAACACAGUCCGUUUCCGUAAUGAUGUGCUAGCUAGUGGCGGCAGUGAUCAUAUUAUCAAGUUAUGGUCGAUAUAAUGAAAGAAUCUCGAAUACAUUAUUGUUAUUUUAUUUAAAAGCUAA